UUAACCACAGAACCCGCAGGGGAAGAGAUAUGGCCUUGCCUCCGUGUUUCAAACCCCUGCCACUGCCAUCUCCACCGGGAAUUCAUCUUCCAAUAUCACGACGGUUCUCUUGCACCUGCUCCGCCGUCGCUUAUCCGGAAUCCUCUUCAUUAUCAUCUUCUUCAGUCGCUCAGCGUCCCGCUGUCAUUCUUCCUGGGUUGGGGAAUAAUACAGGUGACUAUGAGAAAUUAGCUUUGACCUUACAAGGAUAUGGUGUUUCAACUGUGGUUGCUAGUGUGUCAAGAAUCGAUUGGCUGAGAAAUGCUGCUGGUUUGGUCGACCCUAAUUAUUGGCGAGGCACCCUCCAACCUCGCCCUGUUCUUGAUUGGUAUUUAAAUCGGGUUGAUGAGGCUGUUAAUGAAGCUUUGAAACAAUCUCAAGGUGGUUCGUUGUCUAUUAUUGGACACUCUGCAGGAGGGUGGUUAGCUCGGGUGUACAUGGAAGAAUUCACCAAUGCAAAUAUUUCCUUGCUUCUCACUCUUGGAUCACCUCUUCAGCCACCACCAAAAGGGUUGCCUGGAGUUAUUGAUCAAACAAGGGGUCUUUUGGAUUACGUGGAGAAAAACUGCAAGAAAGCUGUUUAUACUCCAGAAUUGAGAUACGUAUGUAUCGCAGGCAGGUAUAUUCAGGGAAGUCGUUUCUUUGGUAACUCAAAUUCUCCAACAACUAUUCCUGUUGCCAUUGAGCAAUCUAUUCCAGAGGUUGCUAUUGGAAGUGAUCCAAGCACCUUAACACCAACUGAUGCUACAUUUCGCACUCGCUUUGUUGGUCAAGGAUACAAACAGGUAUGUGGGCAGGCAGAUGUAUGGGGUGAUGGGGUGGUCCCGGAAGUAUCAGCUCAUCUUGAGGGUGCGUUAAACAUUAGUUUGGAUGGAGUCUACCACUCGCCUGUUGGCUCAGAUGAUGAAUCAAGACCAUGGUAUGGCUCACCGGCUGUUGUUGACCAAUGGGUACACCACCUACUUAACUAGUUGUGUAUAUAUAAUGUCCAUAUUAUUUUUUAUGAAAAUUUGUCAUAUUGUAAAUCCGAUUACCACAAGUUUUAGAUUUAUACGUGUUAGAGUUCGCUCAAUUUGUUAUGUAUAUGGACUUUUUUUUGUUAACAUGUCAUUUUGAGAUGGAAAAUAUGACAUACUACUUUAAUGAUAAUGUUGAAUUACAAAGAUAAA